CCGGGCGGGCGGAGGCAGCGGCAGGAAUCCAGUGCCUGGUUUUGCAGCCCGGCCGGCUCCGUCCCGGCCCCGCCGUGACAUCAGGCUGCUCGGCGGCGGCUGCGGGCUCCCGGCCGCCUGCCCCGCUCUGCGGGCGCUCCCGCCGCGCCUCCCGAGCCGCUCCGCUCCGCUCCAUCCCGCCGGCCGCCCCUCUGCCCGCCGGCUCCGCGUCUCCCCGCGGGCAUCCCCUCCCCCCCACCCCCCCCCGGCGGAGCCCCGUCCCCCCCCCGGGGGCGCUGGCGGGGCCGGCGGCGGAGCGCGGCGCCGGGGAUGCGGCGGCGCUGCCCAUGGUGAGCCGCCGGCGCGCCCCCCCGCACCAUGCGGCCGCGCCCGCCCCCGAGAGGAUGUUCGAGGGCUGCCGGCGGGCGCGGAGCCUCUGGGGCGGCGUGAGGCUGGAGGUGGCCGGCGAGAGCAGCCCCGUGGUGCUGCACAGCUUCACCCAGCUCGACCCCGACCUGCCGCCGCUGGAGAGCUCCACACAGGAGAUCGGAGAAGAGCUGGAGGAUGGUGUGAUCUACAGCAUAUCGCUCCGGAAAGUGCAGCUCCAUCACACGGCCAACAAAGGGCAGCGGUGGCUGGGGUUUGAGAAUGAGUCGGCUUUAAACCUCUACGAGACAUGUAAGGUGCGGACAAUAAAAGCUGGGACCUUGGAGAAGCUGGUGGAGUACCUGGUCUCAGCCUUCAAAGGCAAUGACUCCACCUAUGUCACCAUCUUCCUGUGCACUUACCGGGCCUUUGCCACCACCAAGCAAGUGCUGGACCUGCUGCUUAACAGGUAUGGCAAACUCCAUGUGCAGGCGAAUGGGGACCAUGCCAGGCAUGCUGUGGAUGAGAGGAUGGAGCUGAAGAACACCAUCUCCUCCAUCCUGGGCGCCUGGCUGGACCAGUACUCAGAGGACUUCCGCAAGCCCCCAGACUUUGCCUGCCUCAAGCAGCUCAUCUCCUACGUGCGCCACAACAUCCCCGGCUCGGACCUGGAGCGCCGAGCCCGCAUCCUGCUGGCCCAGUUCCAGCAGCAGGAGCAGAGCGAGUCCGAGGCAGAAGCUGUGGACCACGGCGGCUGCACCUUCCAGCUGGUGGAGGAGAAUGGGGUUGGGGACGGGAAGCCGGAUUUCCUCUCCUUCUCCCCAGAGAUGGUGGCAGAACAGUUCACGCUGAUGGACGCUGAGCUCUUUAAGAAAGUGGUGCCAUACCACUGCCUGGGCUGCAUCUGGUCCCAGCGAGACAAGAAGGGUAAAGAGCACCUGGCGCCCACCAUCCGCGCCACAGUCUCGCAGUUCAAUAGCGUGGCCAACUGUGUCAUCGCCACAUGUCUCGGGGACCGGUCCCUGAAGCCGCAGCAGAGGGCUAAAGUGGUGGAGCGGUGGAUCGAAGUGGCUCGGGAGUGCCGCAUCCUGAAGAACUUCUCCUCCCUCCGAGCCAUCCUGUCGGCUCUGCAGUGCAAUGCCGUUCACCGUCUGAAGAAGACCUGGGAUGAGGUCCUGCGGGAAAGCUUCCGCACUUUCCACGAGCUCUCAGAGAUCUUCUCCGAUGAGAAUAACCACUCGCUGAGCCGGGAGCUUCUCAUUAAGGAGGGCACAUCCAAAUUUGCCACCUUGGAGAUCAACCCAAAGAGGGCUCAGAAGCGGCAGCAGCAGCAGCGAGAGAUGGGCGUGAUGCAGGGCACCAUUCCCUACCUUGGCACCUUCCUCACAGACCUGGUGAUGCUCGACACUGCCAUGAAGGAUUUCCUGGACGGUGGGCUGAUCAACUUUGAGAAGAGAAGGAAGGAGUUCGAAGUCAUCGCCCAGAUCAAGCUGCUUCAGUCGGCCUGCAACAACUACAGCUUCACGCAGGAGGACCAGUUCGUGGACUGGUUCCACAGCCUGGAGCGGCUCAGCGAGGCCGAGAGCUACGGGCUGUCGUGCGAGAUCGAGCCGCUGUCGGAGUCAGCCAGCAACACGUUGAAGGCAAAGAAAAACACGGGGAUCAUCAAGCGAUGGAGCGACCGGCAGCCGCCAAGCACCGAGCCCUGUGCCAGUGGCAGCUCCCACUCAAAAUCCUUCGACCAGCUCAAGUGCGGGCAGUACCUGUGCAGCGGGGAUGCCACCGACUCGGUAAGCGUCACCUCUGCCGGCUCCAGCAGCUCUGACGUGGAGGAGAUCAACAUCAGCUUCAUCCCUGAGUCCCCCGACUGCCAGGAGAAGAAGGUCAGUGAGAUCCCUCUGGCCUCCCUCCCCCAGCGCUGGUACGCCCCGUCUGUGGCCGAUGGAGAAGUUAAACCCACUGUGUCCUCCGCAUCCCCUCUCCUUCCUGCCCUCCAGUUCUGGGAAUCCACCUCCCUCUCAUCCCUGGACACAUCGGGCAUUGGCUCAGGCUCCAGCAGUGCCUCGUCCUCUUCCGUCUCCUCCACGCCGGUGACGGCCUCCCGCACCCACAAGCGCUCAGUCUCUGGCAUCUCCAGCUACUCCUCCCUCUCGCUGCCCCUCUACAACCAGCAGGUCGAUGACUGUUGCAUCAUCCGCGUCAGCCUGGCCGUGGACAACGGCAACAUGUACAAGAGCAUCCUGGUGACAAGUCAGGAUAAGACCCCCGUCGUUAUUCGCAAGGCCAUGGCCAAGCACAACUUGGACGGGGACCGGCCUGAAGACUAUGAGCUUGUUCAGAUCAUCUCGGAGGAGAGAGAGCUGAAGAUCCCCGACAAUGCCAAUGUCUUCUACGCCAUGAACUCUGCCGCCAACUACGACUUCGUGCUCAAGAAGCGGGGCUUCUCCAAGGGGGUGAAGAUCAAGCACGGCUCCAGCUCCACCCUGCCCAGGAUGAAGCAGAAAGGCCUGAAGAUCGCCAAAGGCAUCUUCUAGCCUCAGCCCCACUGCCACCAUCACCAUCGGGGCCUUGGGGGCAGGCUGCUCUGGGCUGGGCUGCGGCCGGUGCUCCUGCUGCCCAGCACAGCAAGGAGUGACCCUCCCGGGGGGACAGCCGUGCAUCUCCCUCCCACGCUGAGAGCCAGGGUGCUUUGGCAGCCGCUGUCAGCCUCCGCCACUCCAUGCACAAGCCCCCGUUUCGAUCAGGUCUUUUUUCUACACAGGAAGGCAGUGGGGGGGAGGGGGAGGGAAUAGCUCUCUCUCUCUUUUUUUUUUUCUCCUUUUUUUUUUUUUUCUUUUUUAAAACCUUCCACGGUGUGACACUAGUCCAGCCGUCGGCCAGCCCAGAGCUGGAGCCCGCCUCUGCCGUAGGUGCCUUGUGUCCAAGCAAGCCGGGGAGCGGUGACUCGCAGAGGGGCCAUUUGCAAGGAGCAGAACACGAGCCAUUACCCUCCCACAGGGUGGGGUGCUCUCCUUCCUGGCUUCCCUGGCGUUUUUACCUCCACAUCCUUCCUCCCUGGGAUAACUGGCAUCACCACACAUCUCUGCCUGUCCUUCUCGUGGGAGAAGCCAUGGAUGCCCCAGGCUGGGAAGCAAGCUGGAAGGGAUGGAGCCUCGCACCGAUGCUCGGAGCCCUGUGGAGGAGGGCUGUGCCCCUGCCAUGGUGGAGUAGGCGCUGUGUGCUCUUAACUGGAAGCCCGCAUGGUCUCACUCCUCUCCCCGAUCCACCGCAUCCUCCAGCUGGACUUCGACGGCCCACGUUCAAACUUGCACCAAAGAUCAAACGCCAGUGUCUCCUCUACCGUCGGGGGAAGCUUUGGGCCGUGCCCCCAGCGCUGCCAGCCGAAUGAGGAGGAGAGCAAAUUUCUGUCUGAACUUGUGUAAAUAGAGACCUUGGGUCUGCGCAGGCAGGCGAGGAGCCGGAGAGCUCAGGGUGCCCCAGCUGCCCCAGCUGCCACUGCCUGACCCACAGAAAGUGCCACUCACCUCGGGCUUUAACCAGACUUUUUCAAACAGUGACCCUGGGAGAAGCAGCAAUGAGACUUUUUUUGUAUAAAACAAAAGUUUACUGAUUUUUCUUUUCAAUAUUUAUUGGUUGUAAAUAGAAGAGAUGAACUUGUACAUUUUACUAAUCCACCCUCCCCUCGCCCUGCAGCCCAGUCCCUCUCCUCUCCCCACCCUGGUAUUUAAGGCUGCUGGGAGGAAUGGUGGCAGAAGCAGCGUCACUCAGCCAUGCUCAUGAGGUGCAGACCCCAUCAGCCACCCCCUCUUGUUUCUUUACCACUAGUCGCUCAAGCAGGGGCCAGACACUUGUUUUAAUCAUUGCAGGAAACACUAACUGAAGGGGGACCUUUUCUGGCUCCUGGCUCCAUCUCUUUUUGUGUUUUUUUUUUAAGUGCUUCCUUCCAGCACAUGUUUGUUUCCCGUCUGUCCGUGCUGCUGGAUGGGUACAACACCUUCCCCGGCUCCAGGAGAGGGGCCUGGGCUUCUGGCAGGAGCUGGGCUGCAGGCCCCUGGCACCAGGUAGGGAAGAGGCUGCUUAGGUGUGAGCGUGGCUGGCACUGAGCUCUCCCAGCCCCGUGUCCCCUCAGGUGGCAUCGCCCAUCGCUGCACAUGAUGGGAGCCCCUGGCUCUCUGACGCAGGGGCAGCCUCCUGCCUCCCCCCCUGCCCGGCCUUGGGCACUGGCACCCCAGGGUCUUCCCUCUGCUCUGUGCCUGCCAGCUCCUGCCCACCCUGAGGCCAGGCUGGUCCCCUCCUGCCCAUGUACCCCAGCAGCCCAGCGUCACUGGAGGGACUGGCUGUACCAUAUGUAUUUUGUACCACUUCAAUGAAGGAGCACACUGCCUGGUGUGACUUGUACACAGCAAUGUAAUUAGUCUUUGCAAUAAAAUACUGAUGCUCAAACGUC